CUCUAGUGGUAAAGUUGUAGUUUAAGUCAAAGACAAGGGGCUUUUUCUUGUACAACUUUGCAUAUAAAGAGCCCUCUCGUCUUCGUUCUCCUUCACUCCACUAAACAUUCCUUCUCUCGCUCACUAUUCUCCAUUUUGUAUAAGUAUAUAACAUAAUAAUUGGAGUAGAAAAAGUGAAAAAAAAAAACAUGAAAAAGAUGGGAGUGAUAGUGUUUCUUCUGCUUCAUUCGAUCUUCUACACAGCCUUUUGCUUCAAAGAUGGGCUACUACCAAACGGUGACUUCGAACUAGGUCCACACCACACGGACAUGAAAGGGACACAAGUGAUGAACAAAACAGCAAUCCCAAGCUGGGAACUCUCAGGCUUCGUCGAGUACAUUCCCUCAGGACACAAACAAGGCGACAUGAUCCUUGUCGUGCCUAAAGGCGCUUUCGCAGUGCGUCUAGGCAACGAAGCUUCCAUCAAACAAAAGAUCAGCGUUAAGAAAGGGUCUUACUAUUCCAUCACGUUCAGUGCGGCUCGAACCUGCGCACAGGACGAGCGGUUAAACGUUUCCGUGGCUCCUCACCACGGAGUAAUGCCGAUUCAAACAGUUUAUAGUAGCUCAGGUUGGGAUUUGUAUUCGUGGGCGUUCAAGGCGCAGGGCGAUUAUGCAGAGGUUGUGAUACAUAAUCCAGGCGUUGAGGAAGAUCCUGCGUGUGGACCUCUCAUUGAUGGUGUUGCUAUGAGAGCUCUUUUUCCUCCUCGUCCCACCAACAAGAACAUUCUAAAGAACGGAGGAUUCGAAGAAGGCCCAUGGGUUUUACCCAACACGUCAUCAGGCGUUCUGAUCCCACCUAACGCCGUCGACGACCACUCUCCGUUACCAGGAUGGAUGGUCGAAUCUCUCAAAGCCGUUAAAUACAUCGACUCCGACCACUUCUCCGUCCCUCAAGGCCGCCGCGCCGUCGAACUCAUCGCCGGGAAAGAGAGCGCCGUCGCACAGGUCGUCCGCACGACGCCCGGGAAAAUUUACGUUCUCUCCUUCGCCGUCGGAGACGCGAGCAACGCCUGCGCGGGGUCUAUGAUCGUCGAGGCCUUCGCCGGAAAAGACACGCUCAAGGUGCCGUACGAGUCGAAAGGGAAAGGUGGAUUCAAGCGAGCGUCGCUGAAGUUCGUCGCCGUCUCGGACAGGACUAGGAUCAUGUUCUACAGCACGUUCUACGCGAUGAGGAACGACGAUUUCUCGAGCCUGUGUGGGCCGGUGAUCGACGACGUUAAACUUCUCAGUGCUCGGAGGAUGUGAGCUGGCGACGGCGAGGUAUUCACGCGAGAAAUGACGUCACAAUGGGCUUUCUCGCGGAUCGUGAGAAAUUGGGCUUUACCGGCCUUUUACUGUUCUUAUUUAUUUUAAUGUUAAACAGAAUAUGUCGGAAGUCGGAACCCUCUAGUUGAGAGGAGGUUCGGCGGAGCAGUGGCUUUCGUAUGUUGUUGUUUGGUCGGAAUAUAUAAUAUUUACAGACUGGUUAUCUUCUA